AUGCCUCCAACUAAACAGUGGAUUGAUAAAAAAUCCGCAACAAAAUAUCAACUCUUCCACAGAUCGCAGAAUGACCCGUUAAUACAUGAUCCAGAGGCAGAAGAUAGGGUUCUGCAUGUAGUGGGGCGCCCUGCUCCAGCUUCUAGCGUCAAGUCAUCAUCGUCGAAGCGAGAGACACGGACUCUGCGAGAACUUGACGAUGAAUUCAAAUCAGCGACUCGCAGAAAUGAAGGAGAGGCAGCAAACUAUGGCAUUUUCUAUGACGAUACCAAGUAUGAUUACAUGCAACAUUUGCGCGGAUUAGGCGAGGGAGUUGGAGACGCCCAUUUCGUGGAGGCGAGAACAAAAGGCAAAGGCAAGAAGGGCAUGAAACUUGAGGAUGCUCUGAGAGAAAUUUCGCUGGAAGGCGACGGAGCGGAUAGUAUUACCUAUGGCGAUGCUAAUGAUGAUAUCUUAUCAACCGCCUCAUCAUAUAUACGCAAGGCUACUUAUCAGGAUCAACAGGAUGUGCCAGAUGCAAUUGCGGGUUUCCAGCCGGACAUGGACCCACGAUUGAGGGAGACCCUUGAGGCGCUAGAGGAUGAUGCGUACGUUGAUGAAGAGUGUGAUGAGGACAUAUUUGAUAACCUCGUUGUUGGGGGACAUGAUGCAGAGGUGGACCCUGACGAGUGGAGAGAUACCUACAUUGAAGACGACGACGAGGGCUGGGAGUCAGAUGCAACUGAAAAAGCACCAGUUCAACAUAAUACCUCCACUGACAGCCACAUUUCCACGACAUCAGACGACAAGUCGAGCUCUAGCAAGUCAUCUCAGCCGCCUAUUGAUGAACAGAUACCCGACAUGGAGGAACAUGAAGGGGACUGGCUGAAGGACUUUGCAAAAUAUAAGAAAGAUAUGAAAACAAAUAAAGUUGCAGCUAAUAUGGAUGAUAGCGCAUCAGAGCUUCGCACUACAGCGUCGACAUUAUUUACACUAGGAGGAACCCCGGUCAGGAAGAAGAAGCGCAAGGGUGCAAAGACAAACCCUUCUGCCUACUCAAUGACAUCCUCCUCGCUUGCCAGGACCGACGGCCACAGGCUUCUGGAUGACCGUUUUGAAAGGAUGGAAGCCCUGUAUGCUUUAGACGAAGGAGAGGAAUAUGAAGGCUCAAGCAUGGCAGAUGACAUGUCCGUUGCAAGCGGCGUGUCACGAUUUUCUAGGUUCUCCAAGCUCUCGCAAGCCCCGAGCCUUGUUGCCAAUGAUAGCAACACUCCUCUUCGGUCUGAUUUUAACGAUGUUAUGGAUGGGUUCUUAGACAAGUGGGAUGAUCGACGAGUCCAUGCUAAACGCAAGGGGGCCCAAGGCCGCAGAGGAAAGAAUGGGAAUGAAGUCAUUGGAAUGAGGAUGCUGGAUGAAGUCAGACAAGGGCUUGGGCCUCCUAAGCUCACUACAAAUGCCUUCGGGAAAGUCUGA